GAAGCAUGAAAUUGUGACACUCUUUGAGUGUCCAGCUGACGUACUUAAAAUACAUUAAGACCUUUGAACACUCAGCUCUUUUGUUUGUAUGCUCAUUUAAUUUUAAUCAAUGGCCGUCUAGCAGAAGAGCAUAGGAAGUCUUAUCAUCUUGUUGAACUACACAUUACCGGUCGCCUUGUUUUUGUGUCAGAUGAGUUCUCUCCGCGGAAAAACACUUUUCAUUACCGGCUCGAGCCGGGGAAUUGGUAAAGCAAUUGCGUUGAGGGCAGCCCGUGAUGGAGCAAACGUUGUGAUCGCAGCCAAAACGACCGAACCACAUCCGAAAUUACCCGGCACUAUAUACACAGCUGCCAAAGAAGUUGAGGAUGCCGGUGGAAAGGCCCUUCCCUGUGUUGUGGACAUCAGAGAGGAACAAACGGUGGCCAAAGCUGUCGAGGACACAGUCCGACUAUUCGGGGGCAUCGACAUUUUGGUCAACAAUGCCAGUGCAAUUUCUCUGACUCCUACUUCGCAUACUGACAUGAAAAGAUUUGAUUUGAUGCACGGAAUUAAUACCAGAGGAACUUACCUAGUCUCAAAACUUUGCCUUCCACACCUUCUGAAAGCAAAGAAUCCACACAUUUUGAACAUCAGUCCGCCCUUAAACAUGGCACCUCACUGGUUCAAAGGACAUCUGGCAUACACGAUGGCCAAGUAUGGAAUGUCCAUGUGCGUUCUAGGCAUGGCCGAGGAGUUUCGGUCAAAGAAAUUGGCAGCAAACGCUCUUUGGCCCAAAACUGCUGUUUGGACAGCGGCGAUGGAAUUGUUGGCCGGAGACAUGGCAGCUAAAGUUUCGAGAAAGCCGGAAAUCAUGUCCGAUGCUGCGCACAUCAUUUUGACCAAGGACAGCAGUACUUUUACAGGAAAUUUUACGGUAGACGAAGAUCUCUUGAGGUCAGAAGGUGUUACAGAUUUUGACCACUACGCGGUCGAUCCCAAGUACAAAGACAAACUGAUGCCUGAUGGCUUCCUUGACGUUCCUCCUGAAAAGUUAGCCAAAUUUUUCAGUAAAUAAGUUUAAAAUUAUUGAAUAAAAAUGUUUUUCAUUAGUA